AUAAAAAUAUGGGAAUAAAAGAUUUAACGAAAGUAAUUGGCGACCAUUCACCAAACAGUAUUAAGUUAAACGAAUUAAAAAGUUAUUUCGGACGAAAAGUAGCAAUCGACGCGUCGAUGUGUCUUUAUCAGUUUCUGAUUGCCGUGCGCCAAGAUGGUAAUCAGUUACAAUCAGAAGAUGGUCAAACGACGAGUCACUUAAUGGGAAUGUUUUAUCGAACAAUUCGUAUGAUUGACAAUGGAAUCAAGCCAAUUUUUGUAUUUGAUGGAAAACCACCGCAAAUGAAAUCGUCUGAAUUAUCUAAACGAGCAGAAAGAAGAAAUGAAGCAGAAAAAUCAUUGAACGUAGCGGCUGAAGAAGGUGAUCUUGUUGCCGUGGAAAAAUUUGAAAAGCGUUUAGUCACAAAGGAACAGAAUGAUGAAGCGAAAAAACUGCUGAAAUUGAUGGGUGUGCCAGUUAUUGAAGCGCCUUGUGAAGCAGAAGCUCAGUGUGCUGCCCUUGUACGAUCAGGUCAUGCUUUUGCCACUGCUUCUGAAGAUAUGGAUGCACUUACUUUUGGUUCAAAUAUUCUUUUGCGUCAAAUGCUUACAAGCGAGGCCAAAAAAUUGCCCGUAAAGGAAAUUAAUUUGGCAAAAGUUCUUCAAGAUUUUGAAUUAAAUAUGUCAGAAUUUGUCGAUCUUUGCAUACUUCUCGGUUGUGAUUAUACGAAUACGAUUCGUGGAAUUGGACCAAAAAAAGCCUUUGAACUGAUUAAGAAGUACAGAAAUAUUGAAUCAGUUCUUGAAAAUAUCGACAAAAAUAAGUAUCCAGUUCCAGAAAACUGGCAGUAUGUCGAAGCUAGGAGGCUUUUCAGUAAACCUGAAGUUGGCGAUUUGAAAGAUGUUAAUCUUAUUUGGAGUGAACCCAAUAUCAAUGGCAUUGUAGAAUUUUUGUGUGGUGAAAAAAAUUUCAAUGAAGAACGAGUAAGAAAUAGUUUGUCACGAAUGCAAAAAGGCCGUCAGUCAUCUCAACAAGGCCGAAUUGAUUCUUUUUUUUCAUCUUGUAAAGUUAUAAGCUCUGAACCAACAUCUUUAAAAAGAAAAGUUGUUGAAAAAACGAAAUCGAAAGCAAAAAAUGGAAAUGUAGCAAAAAGAUUUAAGAAAUAA